UGGCGACAUAGGAGCAAAAACGGCUGAAGAAAUGAUGGAGAUUUUUGAGACGAUGAGUACAAACUCGUCUCAAAAGAGUAGCCGAGGAAAGAAGGCAAUGGUUCACGAGAUAGCACCCGGACAAGAUAUGAUAGCUCAUCAAAUUGCCGAGCUUACGGAACAAAUGAGGUUACUUAAUGCAAGAAGUGUCCAAUCGGUACAAGCCAUGACGAUCGAAUCAUGCGGAACAUGUGGAGUACAUGGGCACCGUUCUGAAGUGUGCCCAUCCACUUUCGACCAAGAGUUCGGAGAGCCACAUAUUGAUGCCAAUGCUCUCCAAGGCUACCAAAACCAACCUGUCAAUGAUCCGUACUCCAACACAUACAAUCCUGGAUGGCGAAAUCACCUCAACUUCUCGUGGUCAAAUAACAACAACACCCAACAACCCCGACAAAAUUUCAUGCAACAACCGAACUGGCCAAACUUCGCUCCUCAACAACACAUGAGACCAAACUUCCCUCAACAACAGCAACCGCAAAGGGGUCCUAUGGGAGGGAUGCAAAACCAAGGGGCUGGUCCUAGUUCGGCCACUCAAGAUGGAAAAUUGGAUAAAAUCCUCCAAUUUAUGACAAACCAAGAAUCCACCAUCAAGCGCAUGGAGACUCAAAUUGGCCAACUCACUUCAAGAGUUGGCAAUUUGGAGGCCGGACCCGACAAAGGGAAGCUUCCGAGCCAACCCGAGCAAGCAAAGGCGAUUACCGUUUUACGGAGCGGCAAAGUUGUCAACAACCAAGUCGAAAUGCCUGAAACGGAGGAUCCAAAGCCAACAGAUGAGCCCAAAGAUGAUGAUGUUGAGGAUAGCACACAGACAAAUUCGAAAAAGCUGGUGGGAGGUCCAUUUUUACAUAAGUCCACAAAUCCAUUCAAACCACGUAUCCCUUUUCCGGGACGACUUCGGGACGAAAUACAAGAAAAGCAAUUCCGAGAUUUAUAUAACAUGCUGUCCAAAGUCAAUGUCAACUUACCGCUUCUCGACGUAAUUAAAAACAUGCCGUCCUAUGUGAAAUUUUUCAAGGAUUUGGUGACAAAGAAAAGAAGAUUUGAAGACGGUGAGAAAGUUGUGGUGUACGAGGCGGCGAGCACCAUGCACCAUGACUUACCCAAGAAGGAAC